CUUCCCAGCGCUGCAGCCUGCAGCGGGAGCAUCGCUGGGCCUCCGGCGGCGGCUUGCGGGUCGGAGGCGCAUCCUGGGCACCGCGCACGCGCCGGAAGCAGCGCGGGGUAGCAGAGGCUGCGGCAGGAUGGGUCCCUCGGGGCUGCUGCUGGCCCUCGCCCUGCACCUGGCGGUGUGCUCCCGUCCGCACUGGGACUAUUGCGUGCUGGGCGCCGGUCCCGCGGGCCUGCAGAUGGCCGCCUUCCUGCAGCGGGCCGGCAGGGACUACCAGGUGUUUGAACGCGAGUCCGCUCCAGGCAGUUUCUUCACUCGCUACCCACGCCACCGCAAGCUCAUCAGCAUCAACAAGCGGCACACGGGCAAGGCCAACGCCGAGUUCAACCUCCGCCACGACUGGAACUCUCUGCUCAGCGAUGACCCACACCUGCUCUUCAGACACUACUCGAAGGCUUACUUUCCCGAUGCCAGCGACAUGGUGCGCUACCUGGGUGACUUCGCGCGGCGCCUGCGGCUCCACGUGCGGUACAACACAAACAUCACUCACGUGGCUCUGGACAAGGAUCCGCAAGCCUGGAACGGCCAUUACUUCAUUCUGACCGACCAGAAGGGCCAGGCUUGCCAGUGCAGUGUCCUGCUUGUAGCUACUGGAUUGUCAGUCCCCAAACUGGUUGACUUCCCUGGCUCCGAACAUGUGGAGGGUUAUGAGACUGUGUCUGUGGACCCUGAAGACUUUGUGGGUCAGAAUGUGUUGAUCCUGGGCCGUGGGAACUCAGCCUUUGAGACAGCAGACAACAUCUUGGGUGUCACAAACUUUGUCCACAUGCUGAGCCGUUCCCGGGUUCGGCUCUCCUGGGCCACCCACUAUGUUGGAGACGUCAGAGCCAUCAACAAUGGCCUGCUGGACACCUACCAGCUGAAAUCACUGGACGGACUCCUGGAGUCGGACCUGGAGCAUCUGGCCCUCGUGAAGGACAGCAGGGGCAAGCUCCACAUUACCCUCAGGUUCUUCCUGGAGGAGAACAACAGCAGCCAGAGUGCCGACUCCAUUCCCCUCCCCCAGGAUGACAAUGACAACUUUGCCAUGCGGGUGGCCUAUGACCGCGUCAUCCGUUGCCUGGGCUGGAAGUUUGACUUCUCCAUUUUUAACCAGUCCCUCAGACUCUCCUCGGGGACUGAGUUUAGCAAGAAGUACCCACUGAUUAGACCCAGCUAUGAAUCCAAAGGAAGCCGGGGUCUCUUUAUCCUAGGGACUGCCAGCCACUCAGUGGACUAUCGGAAAUCUGCUGGCGGCUUCAUCCAUGGAUUCCGAUAUACAGUGCGUGCUGUCCACCGGCUGCUGGAGCAUCGGCACCAUGGCAUCGCCUGGCCGUGCACAGAGCACCCCAUCACAGAGCUGACCAGCUCUAUCGUUCGUCGUGUAAAUGAGGCUUCCGGGCUGUACCAGAUGUUCGGUGUGCUGGCUGAUAUCAUCCUGCUGAAGGAGAACGCCACAGCAUUUGAGUACCUGGAGGAGUUCCCCAUGCAGAUGCUGGCCCAGCUGGAGACGCUCACAGGACGGACAGCGCGCCACGGGCUCUUUGUCAUCAACAUGGAAUAUGGCAAAAACUUCUCCGGGCCCGAGAAGGACGUGUUCUUUUAUGACCGGUCUGUGGCCCACAUAGAGGAUGCCUGGAUGUCCAACUUCCUCCACCCUGUCAUAUAUUACUACAGGCACCUCCCCACCGAGCAAGAUAUGCGGUUUCGGCCUGCACAGUGGCCCCUGCCUCGGCCCACAGCCAUUCACCACAUCGUGGAGGACUUCCUGACUGACUGGACAGCUCCAGUGGGGCACAUUCUCCCACUGAGGCGCUUCCUGGAAAACUGUCUGGACACGGAUCUUCGAAGCUUCUAUGCAGAGUCCUGUUUCCUAUUCACCUUCACACGCCAGAAGUUGCCCCCCUUUUGCCAGCAAGGAUACCUAAGGAUGCAGGGGCUUUUAAGCACCGAGAGCCUUCGGCAACAUGGCGUGGAAAGCAAGCUCCUGCAGAACUACACAGCCAUAGAGGACAACAGCAGGUGGCUUGGAGACCAGCCCUCGGUUCCAGGGCAUCUGACUCAGUCCCUUGACAAGAACAAAGAAGAACUGUGAGCAUCCUCUCCCAGGCUAUGGUGGCUGGCACCUCUCCAGGAAACCUUUUCCCACCUUUCAAGCUUCUCAGAACCAUCAUAUAGAUGGCAGACAACAGAACAGCCUAUGGAGUGCAGAAUGCAGAAGGCUGGGACACGGUCACACUGUGGUGUCCCUUUCUAUGCUGCCCCUGGGUGCUAGAUGCAAGGUUAAGAGAAGGGUACGUUCUGUCAGGUAUGAGCUGCCUUCCACUGCCGGCUUCUGUCCCACUUGAACCAUCACAGACCACACUGGUCUAGUGCGUCUGCUUCUAGGACCAACCAACUUCCUUUUCCUUCUGGUUCACUCUGCAGAUGGGCUUGGAUCUACCUGGGAAACAGCUGGCAGCUGAAAGUCCUUCAUUUCCAUAGUGGGCCUCUUAGAGUGAAAGCUUGAGGUCUUCAGCAGUGGGGCAGACACUUAGGAUCUCUGCUCCCCAAUGCAGCUAUGGACCCCAACUCAGAAGCAUCAGACAUCUUCUAAGGUCCUUAUCCAGGAGAGACUGCCCCUAUGCCACCCUUUCUUUCCACACCGUCAUGCCCUCCCUGGCACUGGCUCUCGGCAGAACUCUCUCAGGCUGGGCAUCACAGGCCCGGAGGGCUGGUAAAGGACAGAGACAGGAGACUCCUGCAAGGUCAUCUGUCCAGCUGGCUUCUCAGGAGCAAGACCUCAAUGCUGCCCUGUCCUCAAGAUCACACUCCCAGGGAUCAGGAGCCUCUGUCCCUCUCCCACCUUGCUGACUGGCAUCCUGAGCAGUGUCUUCCUUGAGAGCAGCCUGGGCAGGUUUAGGGUGUUGCUGUGCCUGCUGCCCUGGGCAUAGAAAUGUUGACACGUGCUCUGAUUCUGGCUGCCUUGCUGUUCCUCUCCCCUUCCUUGCCUUCCUCAUCAGAGUCCACACUCAGCUGACAAAUUAGUCUCACUGAUGAAUAAGCCAUAAGGAAAGCAUGACCACAAGGGAAGCAUGGAAAUCACGUGAUUUCCCACAGGCCCAGAGUGCAGAUACUGUUUCUCACCAGCCCUCUUUUAUUCAUGGCAUUCAUCCUCAGACAUGCAAGGACAUGUCAACCCAAAGCCCCUUCCUGGGAGUAUCCUCUUCCCCAUGGAAGAGUCUUGGCUGGGUCCAGGCCCUCUGAGCCGCCUGACCUACCUGCCUUCCUCUCCAGUGCUUACCAAGUUCUAACAGGGCAAUUCAAUAACUUCAUCUCACCAGGAGGAACUGUGUACCUCUGUACCUACUUGAGGGAGUCUGCACAGGGCCAAACCUUCUAACUGAGUCAUCCCCCAGCUGACAUCACCAGGCUGCCGGUGUCACUUUAUUUCACACAGGGUGAUGGGCAAGCCAAACUGGGACCUUGCCAUCCCACCCCUGUUUCCAGAGCAUUUUCAAAUGAGUCUUUGAUUUAGCGCCAGGAAAUGGAAUGCUGUUCUUUACACGUCGCCCUCCAGUCAUUGAGGCUGGCUGAGCCACUUGUUCAGUGCCUUAGCAAGUAGCUGGCUGACACCCUCGUGUAUGACAUCUGCUGCUUCCUGUCAUCUGCCAGAUCCUUGAUUCUGUCAAAAUAUCAGGCAGCCUUAUUUGUUUUUAACACAGGAUUCUGUUGUUGCUCAGUUGACUAGGGAUGUCUUCUACCCGAUAGGGUUUCACCAUGUCCUGGCUUGGUACUUAUUUUUAAGGCUUUUAAUUAUGUGUACUUGUAUGUAGUUAUGUGUGGGUAUGUAUAUGUGAGUGUCCAGAGACCAGAAGAGGGUGUCAAGAGCCCUGUAAAGCUGGAGUUACAGGAGGUUGUGAGCCACCGUAUGUGGGAACUGGAAACUGAGCUUAAACACUAUGGAGGAGCAGGAAGUACUGAGCCACUUGCUCCAGGACCCCUCCCCCAUAACUACUUUAAAGAAAAGAUUAAAAAUAAGACAACAUACCAGCACUAGGGUGGCCAAGGAAGGAAAAUUGAGGUUGAAAGGCUAGCCUGGGCUACAUGGAGAGUUCCAGGAAAGUAUGGGCAAUUUAACAAGAUCUUGUCCCCCAAAAAAGAAAACUUAAAAGGGCAAAAAUAGACUGGGCAUGGUGGUAUAUGCCUUCAAUCUUAAUUAAACACUUUCAAAGCACAGGCUGGAGAAUCUGUUGUGAGUUCAACUUGCCAGUUGACACAGCAGGUUCCAGGUCAGCCUGAGCUACAUAAUAAAACCCUGCCAAAUAAGUAAGUAGAUAGAUAGAUAGAUAGAUAGAUAGAUAGAUAGAUAGAUAGAUAGAUAAAUGCAUGGGCAAAAAUAAUUACGGUGAAGGAACUGAUUGAAAUAAGUGAGAAACACGAAGAUGGGUUCAGUAACUUUCUGUGAUCAUCUCUUAAAUGGUGAAGGGGGGGCUGAUGAGUGUGCCUACACGGGUGACACUGUGUGUGACGUGGCACCAGGUGAGGUGGAACAGCAGCUGGAGCUGCUGGUAGCCGUGAAGACAGGAAGCCACAGUGGCUCUGGGGCUGUGGGACACAGUUCUGGAUUACUCUUUCAAUCAAAUUUGUGUUUAUUUUUCAAAUGUGACUAUAUGCUACUGGAAUAAAAAAUAGAUUUAUU